AAUCAUCGGUGAGUGAUCGCAGUGCGAACGUUACGAAAAUUAUUACAUGCGAAUUUGUGUAGGAAGAAAGUUGUUUUAAGACAGGAUUGAUGAUUGCCUGUGCUAAAUUUAGUGAAAGGCGCAGUACUGAAAAGUAGUUUGCUAUACAUUGUUUGAGAAAAGUGUUUUGAAUGAAUACGAAAUGAUGUAAAUAUGUUUUUAGAGCAAGCAAAGUGAUCGUGCUGGAACGUGCACCCGUAAUUUGAGCUUGAACUGAAAUAUGCUGAUAGUUUUAGUGUCGCUUGAAGUUGUAUCGAACUUUUCUAUGAAAAUUUAAUAAUAUUUUUUGGUAAUAACAAAAGUUUUCGAGAUUUUCAAAAGUGAUCGUGCAAAAAAUUUUCGCGAAUUGCAAUAGCAUACGUUUAAAUAAAGUUGUUUUGAAAGCAAGUGCGCUAUAAAGUGCUUAAGAAAAGAAAUCUACGAUUAAUACGAAACAUUAUGCAUACGAUUUGAUAGUAUGGGGAGUGAUCGCGUUAAAAGUGAAUCCCUAAUAUGCACUUGAUUAUAUGAAAUAUGCUGAUAUCCCGUUCCUUGAAGUUGUAUUGAACUUUUGUUUGAAAAUACACCAAUAUUUUCAGUAAAACCAGAAGUUUUCGCGUUUUACAAAAGUGAUCGUGCAACAAUUUUUUAACGAAUUUCAAUAGCAUACGUUUAAAUGAAUAUUCAACUGGUUAUGAAUAGUGUCACUUGAUGUCAGCUUGCACUGUUGUAUGAAAAUAUAUUAAUAGUUUUAGUAAAACCACAAGUUUCGGCGAAUUACAAAACUGAUCGUGCAAAAGUGUUUGGAAAAUUUCAAUAGUAUAUGAUACUUAACAUGUUUCUCUAAGUCAAGCUGAAGUUUUGUAUGCAAAUUUUUUAAUAUUUUUAUAGAGCAACCAAAAGUUUUCGCGAUUUACAAAAGUGAUCGUGCAAAAAUUUUUUGACGAAUUUCAAUAACAUACGUUUAAAUGAAUAUCCAGCUGGUUAUAAAUAGUGUCGCUUGUAGUUAGCUUGAACUUUUGUAUGAAAAUUUGUUAAUAUUUUUAGUAAUAACCAAAAUUUUCGCGAUAAACAAAAGUGAUCGUGCAAAAGGUUUUUUCCGAAUUUCUAUAUAAUUCGUUAAAAUUCGUUAUAAUUUGUUUAAAUGCAGUUGUUUUAAACGCAAGCAGUUCACUUAAGCUGCAAGUAGCAGUUAAAUAUAACUAUUCGAUUACGCACAAAUGCGUCACAUUCAGUUGAAGAGUGAUCUGAGGAUCAACACGCCCACACAAACGCAUAGUUACAAUGACGAAACAAACAGAGCGUCACGCUAUUGUCGCCCCCAAGUGAUCACACUCGCCUCGAAGGCCAUGGCCAAUAGCGCGGCCGCCGCUUUCGCCAGCCAUCAGCUGAACCAGCAGCAGCCAACGCCGCAACAGCCGCCGUACACAACACAUCAACAGCAGUCGCAGCGUCUGCCCACCACCGUCACCGCUGGCUACGGCAAAGGCCAUGACGGACGCGGCAUUGGCGGCUUGCCGCGCACGCUCUCCGCACCCAUCAUCAAUUUGCAGCCGAAAUCUUGCCUCAGCCGCAAAACCUGCCUACACCGUUCGCAAACGAGCUACAGAAGCAGCACCGAUAGUCGCGACAGCGACGCGGCGGGCGCGGCGGCGGAAUGCGCGAAUUGCAAAUGCAAUGGACAAAGCCGUUGUACCAAGCGUGUGAUCUUCGCUGACGAUGAAGGUCAACCGCUAACGGAGGUGCGCGUUAUGUCCGAACCCUCGAAUGUGCCGCCAUUGUGGAGCACGAAAUUCUUGGAGCAAAUUACACAGGGCCUCGUUAGUCCACACCCGGCCGAUCAAUGGACCGUCGACUUUAAACAACCAGCAUCCGAUUACUUAACAUUUAGAGAAAAAAUCGAUCGUGACUUUGUCUCACUCGAAAAUGUGAUUGUCAAGGAUGAAGAGUCCAUUGUUGUCGGCACGGUGAAAAUGAAGAACAUCUCUUUCGAAAAGGAAGUCGUUGUGCGCGUCACAUGGGACGACUGGAAGAAUCAGCAAGACAUAUUCUGCACCUUCGCCAGGGCUUAUGGACCAGCAACCUAUGCGCACGUCGUCUUCGAUACGUUCUCAUUCAAGAUCACAUUGCCGCCAUCCUCAAAGCGGCUGGAAUUCUGCAUUUGCUAUCGUGCCAACAACCAAGAAUACUGGGAUAACAAUGGGGGUAAGAACUAUACUAUUACAAAGCGUUCGCCCUUCUACUACAACGCGCUCUCGCCAUAUGACAAGAAUACGUCGCGCAAUAGCUGCCGCGGCCAUGUGAUGUCCGCGCUCUCGGAAGCACUGAGCAAUACGAAAGAGCAUCAAGCACAAAACAAUUGGAGUCAGGAGUCGGGCCCCUACUGGCAACAAAAACAGAACGAGGAGAAAUAUUGGUGAUGGUGAUUAUACUAAAAUAAGGAUGCGAGUCGUAUGCUCUGCGCUAAGGAGCACUCAGCGGCUCACGUCGAGAACAGCGCAAACAACCCUGCAGUAGAGCAAAGAAUCUUACAUAAAUGCCAAUGUAGAACAACUAGUUUAGACGCAGCAACAAAAACAACAAUAACAAAAACAAGCAAUAACAAAUGUAAACACAAAGCAAGACAAAUACUUAGCAGUAGCACAAAAGCAUGAGCGGCGCUGCUGAGCUGCGACGACGCCACUGGUGUAUGCCAAAACAACCCAAAACAACAGUCAAAAUCGAGCGUGCGGAACAUGAAGUGCAGCCGAACUCAUUAUAAGAACUGCUAAGCAACAUUUAGGCGCUACAAAAGUCAAAAACAACAACAAAAACUAUAUAAUAUACAAGUGUUAAGGCGUUCAUGGUGAUGUCUAAGAGCUAAAAAAUCGGAAAAAAUUAAAAAAAAAUCCGAAAAAUCGUUAAAAAUCGUUAGAAAUUGUUAAAAAUUAUAUAACACAUACGACAGGUUAGUGAGCGUAAAAUCGGUGCAAUAUUCGCGCACCAAUUGUGGACAUUUUAAAAGCUUUAACUUCAAAACAACACAAGAAAAUAAGUGAUUUAGUGGCCCCUGCGUGUGAUAGCUACCUGUGGGCCGCGAUCAUAAAGACUUGAGAGUAGAAGCAGUGAUAUUAAAACAUUGACUAAGUAUACAAAAGGAAGGAAGUAGUAAGGAAUGAAGUAGUAAGGAAGAAAGUAGUAAGUGGAGCAAAGAAAAAACUAGUAAACUUAAAAACAAUAUUGUAACAGCAAACAAUAGGAAGGCGGCACGCGCCGCCAAAGCAAAGCGCCACCAUUUUGUAGCGUUUACUUUAGAAAGUGUUAGAGGAAGUGACAAACUUCAGUGGGCUGAGCUCGCGAGUCGCGCGCCUCAACUUGUUUGGUCAGCGCUUUAAUGCGUGGCUUAAGUGUAUUCGAGCUGGUUUCAAAUUCACGGCCAGCAAGCGGCGCGCGCCUUAGUUUUUCAAGCCAGUUUAAGUAGCGCUGCAUAAUUUUAACUAAUGUGGCAAUAACUCUCUUUAUUUGUAUACUAUUUGAGGCAGCAACAAAGUUCGCUAUAUGCUAAAAUGAACUUUGUUGAUGUCCCAAGCACAAAAGAUUCCUAUAUAGCGUAUAGAAAACGUGAUGACUUGCCAUUUAUAGUCCAGCAGCUGCAGCGCAUUGACGCACUAGCGGAACUAAGACUAGGCGCAGAGCGCAGCAAAGCGGCACAAGCAACAAAAGUAAGCACAAGCAGCGAAAGUAAGCACAAAGCGCGUAAAGUUAGCAAGCAGUGUCUUACUUUUGUUUAUUUUGCCGGUUUUUAACGUUGCUGCGCGCAUGCGCGGUACUUUAGAGCAGCAAUAAGCGCAUAUGAGCGCAUUCUCCAAACGUUGAGACUUCAAAACAUUACUUUUUUUUAUAACUUUGAAGUGUUCAAGCGCUUAAAUAAGCAGGCAAAAAAUAAAAAUAAGAGUACAGAGUUAACAAAAUAAGAGUACGGUGUUAAAAAAUUAAGAGUACGGUAACAUAGAAACUUUAUACGAACAUAUACUACCCGAAACGCUAACGCAAACUCAAUAUUUACCAGCAGAGCUGCAAAAAUAACUACAAACAUUUUCAGCGCACCGCAAAAAACAGCGCGUUUUCAGAGCUGCGUUAUGAGUUUGAGUUGUUUGAGUGAGCUUAGGGGCCACAGUAGCGUUUAGCGUUAGUUUAGGUUAAAGCAACUACUUGAAACUAUGCGCACAAGCGCUAAAGAAAUCAAAUUACAAGCGUUUAUUUGCAAAAUCUGAAACUAGUAACAUAUGCUAUAACAAUAACAACAAUAUGAAAACUGAAAACUACAAACAACAAAGCAUAAAGAUAAAAACAAAAAUUUAUAACUACAAAUACCCAAAACUAUAACUAAAACUGUAACUAAAACUAUAACUAAACUAUAAAAUACGCCUACAUAUAGCCAUAAAAAAUAUAUAUAUUAUAGUAAGUUUAGUUGUAAGUUGAAGAACAAACACUUGUUGUUGUAGUAAUGUAGUCUAGCUGUAAGCGGCAAAUAUUGUGUUAUGUGCGCGCGGAGUUUGUGUGAUUUUUGCACGGCGUUUGGCUUUUAUUAUAUAAACAAGCAUGUAUACUAUUUUAUUUUGUGGGUUUUUAACGCAUAAAUUCUUAACGAGACUUGUGCUGACGAUUUUUUUAUAAAUGGUUUUAUAUAUUUACUUACUUUUUACAAGUCUGUGCGCGGCUGCCACAAUUCCUUGCAACAUGCGCAGUGUGUUUUUAGUGGCGUUUAUUAAAUGAAGCCGGAAAUAACUGUAAUUGUUAGUGUAUAUUUUUUUGAUAAACCGAAGUUUUUAUAGAAAACAUGUUUUUUAAUUUCUUUAAAUGUUUAAACAUUGUUUUACUAAUAUAUUAAUUUAUUUUUUUUUUAUUUUAUUAUUUUUUUAAAUUUUUUUUAAGUUUUUCCACUUUGAUUCGAAUUUUUUUUAACUUUUUUUAAAUUUAUUUUUAAUUUUAAAUUUUGUUUAAUUUUUUUAAGAAAAAAAACGUUAAAAAUAAAUUAAAAAAAAAAAUAAAAAAAAAAAAGAAAUUAAAAAAAAUUAAAGUAAAAAAACGAAAAAAGUUAAAAAAAAAUAACUGAUAUUAACAAAAUUUUUUUUUUUUUAAACAAAUUAUUUUUUAAUUUUAAAUGCUUUUUAAAUUGAUUUGAUUUUUUUUUUAUUUAUUUAAUUUUUUUUUAAGAAAAAACCGUUAAAAACAAAUUCCAAAAAAAUUAAAAAAAAAAGAAUCAAAAAUAAAAAAUGCGAAAAAAGUUAAAAAAAUAACUGUAAAUAUUAUAAUUUUUUUUGAUAAACAAAACUUUUUAUAGCAAACAAUGUUUUUUUAAUUCUUUAAUUUUUUUAAUUUUUUUUGCAAUUCUCUUAACGGCAUUUUAAAUUAAAAACUAAAAAAAAUUUGAAAAAUGUAAAAAACUGUAAUUAUUAUUGGCGCUUAUUAAAUGAAGCCAUAACUAUAUUUAUUGUUAUUUUUUCGAUAAACACAAAAAUUAUUUUUUUUUUAUUUUUUUAAAUUUUUUUGCAAUUUUUUAAACAUGGUUUUCCAUAAAGAUUUUUUAAAAUUUUCACAAACAAAAAAAAAGCUCAGAGUUAAAAAAGUUAAAAAAAAGCUUUGAAAAAUAUAAAAACAUGCGCACGGUUUUCAUAGUAGCGCUUAUUAAAUGAAUUUUAUUUAUUAUUAUUUUUUCGAUAAACAUAAAAUUUGUUUUACAUAUUUUUAUGUUUUUUUUUAUUUUUUUGAAAAUUUUUUUAAGCGGAGUUUCUUACAAAAAAGAUUGAAAAAAUUAAAACAUAAAAAUUAAAUUCAAAAAAAGUGAAAAACACUUCAAAUUAAAAAAAAUAUAUAUUAAAUAAAAUUCAAACAAAAUUGAAAAAAAUUAAAAAAAAAACUUUUUAAUGAAAAAAACCUUCUACUCGUGUUGCAAACGAAUUUGUGGGCGCGCGUGACAGACAGACUUACUUUUUUAUGUCAAAAAUAAUAUCUAUAUAUAACUGUUUAUUUGUGAUUAUUUUUAUAUACUCGACUUAAAGACAUUGCUGCAACGUCUGCAGGCCGUGUCUCAAUGGGACUUUUUUAAUGUGUGUAAUGUUUUUUAUUUGACAAUAAUUUAUAUUUUUACCCACAACAACAACCAAUAAUGUACUAUAUAUUAUGAGAUAAUUCUUUUUAAUUUUUUUAAAACAUUUUUAAUUUCGUAACGACAUUUUUUUUUAUAUUCUAUGCAUAUGAUUUUGUAUGUUUUAUGUUUUUGUAAGCGAUAAAUAAUUUUUUAAACCGUUUUUUGUAAGAAAAAUAAUAAAUAAGAAAAGCAAAAAAAUAAAAAAAUUUGUAAAUAUUAAUUUUAGUAACUAGUUUUAUAUACAAAUACAUAGCUAGUUAUAUAUACAUACAUAAAUAUGUGUAUAUUUAAAUAUAUAUAUGUGUGUAUUAAAUAUACAUACAUAUAUGUAAAUUGUUACGAUUUUAAGCGUGUGUAAGUAAUUUCGAAUAUGUUGCCAUACAAAAAGGGAAAUUAUUUCACUUUUGUUACAAUUUUACAAUUUCAAAAUGCAAAAAAUAAGCCAGUAAAAAAUAUAUAGGCAGCAAAAUGCAA